GCUUGGUGUCGGCAACAUGGCAGCGUCCAGCCGGGCCCAGGUGCUGCGGUUGUACCGGGCCCUGCUGCGGGAGAGCCAGCGCUUCGGCGGCUACAACUACAGAAUGUAUGCCAUCAGAAGGAUAAGAGAUGCCUUCAGAGAAAACAAGAAUAUAAAGGAUUCUGAAAAAAUAGAAGAACUAGUGAAUAAAGCCAAAGCAAACCUAGAGGUUAUUCAUCGGCAGGUUACUAUUGGCCAGCUGUAUUCCACGCAGAAAUUGGUUAUUGAGAGUCCAGGAAACACAUAGCUAUGAGAAGACUCUGAUCCUGAAGCAACACUGGACCAUCUUCAGCAUCCUACAGUGCCACAUACAGAUGCGUAAACUCACUGCACAUGUCUGAGCUUUUUUGUUCAGCGGAAGAAAUGCCCGAGAGACUCAGUUUUUGGCAACCAAAGUACUAUUUUCUAAUGGUUCACAUGUUCUAAAAUAUAUUGCUGUGAUUUAUAAUAGCACGUAAGGUAGUCUUGAAAUGUAUGCUUGUAUGUCCCAUGUGAUGGAACAGUUCCUGCCCUACUUUGACAAUAAAACUUCAUUAAACUACCUGUAACCAGAUACAUUAUUCUGUUACUGACCUUGUCUCUCACUGAGCACAAAACGUGUUAGAUUUAAAACCCCUCACCCAGUUACUAAGUUCUUAUUGAUCCUGUUUCAUUUAAAAAUAUACAGCAUCUGAACUGAAUGACUAAAUACAUAGUUCAUUUUAAAUAUUAAAACCAGAGGUUAUGAGCUUUCAUCUCCUGGACCUUGAUACUUACAAAUACCACAAGCUGCGUUGUGUGUUUUCUUUAAAGAGCAUCCCUUCACAUUUCAGGAGGUGACACAAAAAUUUCGCUAGUUCUUUCUUUAGUUUCCAAGAGUUAAUAACCAGUCUCAUCCUACUUUUAACAACUAACAGAUCACAAUAGCAGAAUGUAAGACUUGCAUCACCGAGGCUUGGGAGCUUUAAAAUAUAUUUUCACCACCAAGUCCUUUUCUGAAUUUGUUAAGGUGCAGCUAUUAGCAGAAAGUACCAUGCCACUUUAUGCAAGGUUUCUCUUUUUCACAAAGCUCCUGAAUUUUGCAGGAGAAAAAAAACCUUACUAUGACAAUAACUGAAGUGCUCUAAGUCAUGAAUUGGCAGCAAGCUUUGCCUAGCAAAAGUGAAACACUCUGUAUAGCAUUUUAUUGCUUAUUAUUAAAUCUGUGGAAUAAUCAACACUUCUAAGACAAUAUGUUUAAAAAAAAAAGCAAAAAUUUUGAUCAGGUUCUGUUCAAGUCAUUGCCAUGCUUGAAUUUGUUUUCUGAUAGAAAUUUGCAGAAAAAUUAAGCAGUGCAAAGCUUUUUUUAAUGGCAUACAGAAAAAAGCUUCCUUUUUUUUCAGGGGAUUGUUGUGGGGUUUUUUAAAGAAGAGAAACUCAAAACUAGUUCCAUGACACUGUGGCCUUUAAAAACCUCCCCUUUUUUUCCUUGCUUCCCAAAAUUCAUCUUUGUUUAGAACGUCUAUUGUUUUGUGUUGUUCAUGCUGUGUGACGACAUUAUGAAAGCAGGGGAUAGACUAAGUGUCUAAUUUAGAACAAAUUCCCAUUCCUCACUACCAUUUAAAGUGUAUUUUAUAAUUUUGUACAGUUAGAUUGAAAUGUAUAGUAACACAUUCCAUUAACAAUAUAGUGUACAGAGUAAGAUACUGUGACUACCUGAGACUACAAAUGUAGCCUCCAUUCUCACUUUCAAAUAAAAGGCAAAUACAGUAAUAAUUCUCCUCGUAUUAGGUGUACAAGUAUUGCAUUGUAAAUUGUGUUUAGUGAACAUUUUAUUAAAAUGGAAUUUAAUUAUUCUAAUAGGUAAAAUACAUUAGAUUCUGUAUUUUAAAUCUCCACAUUCCAACUGGAUAAUUAAGUGCACUUAAGUUAAUGGUGAAAGUGUAGGGGAAGAAAGGUUUGAUUACUAUUUCAGCUUCCAGUGAACUCAAAGAAAUGUAAUAAUAUCUUAUGCUUUUAGAGGACACAGGCUUGGAAGGGCUGCCAGUUUUAGACUCUAAGGAACUUGGUCCCUAAAAUAACACAUGCAAAAUCCGUGUUUAAAACAGCUUAAUUACUGGAACAAGCACUGCAUACCAUUGCAAGAUCUGAGAAUGUAUGCUAGGACACAAAAUAAAUGUCCUUAUAAAUAGUGUAGCCCUAAUUUAUAAAGAGGGACAACUCCACCAGUAACAUUUUUACUAUUUAAAUCUAUGUUUUCACCAUGUUUACAUAAAAAUAAGAGUUUGUUUUCAAAUAGAGACCUUUUAAACACAUAAUCAUUUCUUCCAAAAUACCAGUACCUUUCCAGUGAAGUUCCUUACUGUUUAGUUUCCACCAAGAAUACAGAUGUAGAUGGCACAUGCUGUCUUAUAGGUGUGCAGUAAUGGGAAUGUGAAAUUCCUUAUUAAUUCCAUUAGAAGUAUGAAGGCGAUUUCUUCUCCAUUAAUGCCUGAAAAUUCUGUUGUUAAGUUUUGGUGGUAGAUACAACACUACUGCUCUCCUAAUUCAUGCCAUCUGCUCCUACUUUGUGUCUCAUGGUUACCGCUCAGAUUCUCUCUCCCUUAACCAUUUAUACCUGCAGAGGAACACUAGUAACCUUCAGGAUAUAUUCUACAGAGAGGACCUAUCAAGAAAAAUAUAAAUAAAAUUCAGGCUCUGUAAUCUCCCUCUCUCCCCAAUCUGUAGUGCAGAGGUUAAGACAGCUCACCUUCUCAGUCAAGGAAAAAUUAGUUCCUAUUGCAAAUUAACCGUCAGCUUACCAUACAGUAUUUAUACAUUACUUAUUAGAAGUAACAUAAGAAAACUGCUGCUAAGGACCAAACACCUGUAUAAUACUAUCUAACUUGUUAACAAAAGUGCAAAGCUAGCAAAGGUAUUAGCAUUCAGUACUCAAACCAUCACUGCAUUUUAGAUGUCCGUUCCCUCUCCGUUUCAGAUUCCUUUCCUCACCAACACACAUGUAAGUACACCCUCCAUUAGUGUCAUGUGCCUAUCAGUUGUACAUGAUUGUAAAAUAUCUAGAAAUAUGUUUUUUCCGUCCCUAAUGUCCAUUUGAAGUAAUUUUGUCAUAACAUACCCAGUUCUGCAUAAAAACAGAGCCUAUCAAAUGCUUUGUCUUUGGAAUCUACAAACUAUGGAAGGAAAAUACUUAGAAACCACAUCUGUAUUAGGAAGUCCAGCGCAGAAAUAAUAUUUGGAGGCUGGGAUGACUUUAGUAUUAUGUUCGUAUCCACUUGCCCUGUUCUUACUCUUGGCUAGGCAUAUGCUCAUCAUCCCUGAUGGAGACAGUGGAGAGCUGGCACUGUGGUCCAGCCUCAGAGUUGCUGGGCUCUUACAGCUGCACCUUCUGUGCUUCACCAGCUCCGUUUAUGUUGCAAUACUCAUUAAAUCUCUCUCUUGGCAUGCUGUCAGGAGCUUUGUUGAAUUUUGUCAAAGCAGUGUCAACAACAGGAAUAGUUAAAACACAAAGGAAUGAUCCCAUGACUUAUGUACAAUGUCCACUAUUAUAAAAUAAUAGUAUAAAAUAGUAUAAAAUAAUAUAUAAAAUAAUUUUUCCUUAGAAUAGAAGGGAGCUCAAUAAAUACCUUUACUAAAGCUGCAAUGUCUUAGCAAAACAAACUUGCUUUUGUAUUUUAUUAAAAACGUUUGUCUGUUCCUGAUCUCAACAAUUUAGCAAACUAUUGACCUCAGCAGUAUGCACCAAAAUUUUAAUGUUUACAUAUACUGAAGUUUGUCAUGACUUCUACAGUAUAAACUUGGAAACAGCACUCUGAAGGAAAAAGAACAAUUUGUUUAAUAUUAGUAACCAUUUAAAGGACAGGCAUUUCUGUUGUGUGUUACGACUUCUCAGGAGAUUUUACUGCAGUUGAAAGCUCAGUUGCAAAACGCCCAGAUGCAUCAGAGCUGCAGCUAUCCUGGAGGAAAGCAGCCCAAGACAGUAGCAUGUGAACACUUCACAUACACUGUUGAAAUAGGCCAAGAAGGAUUUUAACUUACGACUCACAUUUCUAGGAAGGUGUUUCUAUAUAAAACUUCACCAAGUUUCCAGGCAUUAAAAGCAUUACUUUCACCCUCUAACAUCAGCAGGUAGAAGAGUAAUUUUAUGGAGAAGCACCAGCCCCUCAACUGACUUCCUGCAGUGCAACGUAAAUGCAUCUCUCCAGAUACCCAGCAAGGACCAUACGUACACAUAAACAGAGCCGUGAAAGGGCUGUGCGCUGUUUUCCUGAGUUUUCCAUAAUGAUCUACAGUGAAAUCCUGGCAUUAUUCAAGUCAGGAGUAUACUGAUCGCUUUGUUUCACAGUUCUUGACACAGGCAUAAUUAUUUCAUACUCUUAGGAUUGUUUUGCUUGAUGACCUUUAUAAAAAAAAAAGGAAGGUGCGUAGCUCUUUUACUGAUCGUUUACAUGCUUACUUUUUCUUUUUUCAGUGUUUUAGAAUAUAUGAAUAGGGCAUGAACCCUUAAUGUGGAAGCAGGAAAAAAGGGAGAAGCCAAUAAUUCUUC